AUGGAAAAGCAAGAGGACAUGAAGAGCAGAAGGCCCAUUACAUACCUAGAGUACAGAAGACACUGUCUCUUGAACGGCGUUAAGCCAGAAAGAAGGAGGGUUAUGGGGCCAUUUGUCAAUGCCGAAGCCAUCUUAGAGAAAAAGGGGAGCAGGGCAGCCGACCCAGCAGUUGGCGAGGUGUUUUCAAUGCUGCAGGAAGGCGGAUACUUAAGCAGGAAAAAAAUCAGCGAAGCUGCAAGGAAGAUGCACCUUGACGAGAAUGCACUGUCUGGUAUUUUUGAAGUAUGCGGGGAGGAUAUCUCAGAGGAGCAGUUUACUUCGCUAUUCGCUGGCUGCACGGGAUGCAAGGAGCCUUAA